AUGCCGUUGGCCGUGCGAGGUCAGAGAGCUGUGGCACUGCUGCACUUCCUCUGCUUCCUCUGGGCAAUCUUCGCUCUGACUCAAAAUUUGGGGUUGCCUAAGUCGGUCCGGAAAGUGCACGACGAUAGUUAUGGCGGCCAAUGGAAAUACCUGACCUUCCUCAACCAGCUUCUACAGACAUUGCUGUACUUAUUAUGUGUCACAAUUGAUGCUGUAGCCCUGUUUGUCCCUUCCCAAGAAAAGAAAGUAUCGUCUAUGGUGCUGCCUAUUAGAGAUUUCAUCUUCUCUGCAUAUGUAUUCCCUGUUGGCUUAUUUGUAGCUAUUGCUUUCUGGGGCCUUUAUGCAAUUGACAGAGAACUUGUGUACCCUAAAGAACUGGAUGAGAUUAAUCCGGAUUGGCUUAAUCACACUAUGCACACUACUAUCCUGCCACUGCUUUUCAUAGAGCUGGUUAUAUGUUCACAUAAGUAUCCUCCUAGAUGGAAAGGAAUAUUGGGACUUGGCAUCUUUGCAGCUGUAUACCUAACAUGGAUAAUUUGGAUACAUCAUGUAGCUGGGAUUUGGGCUUAUCCAGUUUUAGGAGUGCUUGGUCUACUUGGAAAGGCGAUAUUUCUCUCCAUUGCUGUAGGCAUAAUGUUCAUCUUCUACUUCGUUGGGGAGCACCUAACAAAAUGGUUGUGGGAUGGUUCUUCAGACAUCUGGCAACUACAUCUGCUGAAGAAAAUGCUGCAUCUUGAAAGGAUUGUCUUGGUCAAACAAGGGUAA